AUGAAGGUCGUACCGUUGCCGUCGGAUCCGAAAGAGCGAGAAGAAUGCGUUCGAGAAGGAUCGACCAUGAUGAAGCUCGGUCACCCCUGCAUUGUCGUGAUGGAGUAUUGUCGCAAGGGUGAGCUGUGUCAGCACCUCAAGAAGCGCUCCAACAUGGCAAUGAUGAUUCCCGAAGACACGAUUCUCAACUGGUUCGUGCAGCUCGUGCUCGCGUUAGAGUACCUUCACCAUAAGAACAUUCUCCACCGAGACGUCAAGGCGGAGAACGUGUUUCUUCGCAGCCGUCACGACACGCCGCUGGGUAACGCGGCGACGGUGCAGCUGGGCGAUUUCGGCAUUUCGCGAAUGCUGGAGGCCCACGAGGCGGUCGCGCGAAGCUUCGUGGGCACGCCGCUGUACAUGUCGCCCGAGCUGAUCCGGAACGAACCGUACGACCAUAAGUCAGAUAUAUGGGCGCUGGGUUGCAUCCUGUACGAGAUGAUGUGCUUCACUAAGCCCUUCCCCGCUACAAGCAUACGCGACCUUGUUCUGCGAGUGCUCAAGAGCAACUACCGCCCUCCUCCCCACAUGCAAGUCCUUUCAAAUGUCCUGGUCCUCUCCGCUCCCUUCGUGUUUCUUUCCCCUCUUUCCCCUGUGUUGAUCAUCCUUCUCUUACCCCUCCUUCUCCACCCGCCCUACUCUCCCUCCAAUUCUCCUCUUUCCCCCUCUCGCCCCCUUCAGAAGAGUUCCCAGAGCAAUCGCUCACGAGCAACGUCAACCGACGGAGUCGUCACCCAAACCAACGCUUCAGCCUCGGGCUGCCCAACCAGCCCGUUCGCCUCGGCGGCGGCUCGGCGGCGAUUCUCAGCCUCGGACACGGAUAACCUGGUGCAGCGCGCCAAUAGCCGCGGCCGGGGGAGCAUCAGCGGGCGCAUGGGGGACGGCGGGGGCGCGGGGGGGAGUGGCAGAAGCGGGGGCGGCGGAAGCAGGCGGGGGUCGCGGGAGCUGUCACUGGCGGAAGAGGAUUUGCGCGCGCUAGAGGAGGGGAUAGAGGAGGGGGGCGGGGACUUAUCGGACGUGGUUCGCGGAGGGGCGACGGGGGAAACGAGUAGUGCGGGAACUGGCGGAAACUCGUCGCAGGAGAGUAUACCAUUAGGUGUAGAGCAUCCCUACAGCGAUAGAAACGCAUCCGGGCGUUAUAGCGCGGAUGACUUCGCGUCUUAUAACGGGGAAACCAGUGGCCGCUUCAGCGGGGAAAGUUCUAGGAGGUUUUCAGAUUCCACUCCCCCGUUGCCCUCCGCCCCAGGGGCGCGGCUAUCCCCCUCGGCGGAGACACGCGCGCUUGUAAAUAGACCGCGGGGGAGGAGCAUGAAGGAGCGGGAUCCCGCGCAUGGGGGGACCGCUGCGGAAGCAAGCGCGGAGCUAGGCAUGCGCGCGCAAUGCGGGGAGUGCGCAGACCUUGGGGAAGGAGCGGUGGAGGGGAGAGCGCCGGGAAGCAGCAGGGGUUACGCGGAACGGCGGGCAAGAGGGGGGCGCGCGCUGCAGAGGGGGCGCAGCGAGGGCGGGCGGAUGGGGGAACACUUUCACGUGAGGGAGGGCGCGGGCAUGGGGGAAGGCAGUAGGGAGGGCGCGGGCAUGUGGGCCGAGGGGGAAGCGGAAAGGGAGGCGGCGGAUAGGGAGGCGGCGGAAAGGGAAGCGGCGGAUAGGGAAGCGGUUGAGAGGGAGGUGGCGGAGAGGGAAGCGGCGGAGAGGGAGGGGGCGGGGAGGGAGUGGGCGGAGAGGGAGCGGAGCGGGUGGCAGCAGGAGCGGCGGCGGCGGCGGUCCGCCCGCCGCAUGCCCUCGUGGGACUGCGAGCGCCUCCCCGGAGUAGCCUUCCCCCGCCCCCCCCCGUCCUUCGAAUCCUCCCCCAUCUCCAUCAACUCCCGCACCCCCCACUCCCGCACCCCCUCCCUCACUCCCUCCCACUCCUCUUCCGUCUCCCCGUCCCGGUUCCCGUCCUCCUUCUCCCCCUCGUUCGGGCCCUCUCGCACGUCCUCUCGCACACGGUCGCACAGCAGCAGCAAUGCGACUGACCAGUCGUUAGGGCAGUCGCCGCUGUGGACGCCCAGGCGAGUGGUGGAAGAGGCGAGUCGCCUGCUGGGGGGGCACCGGGGGGAGGGGUUCGGGCUGGGCGCAGGCAUGGGGUCGGGUAUGGGGAUGGGCAUGGGGUCGGGUAUGGGGAUGGGCAUGGGGUCGGGUAUGGGGAUGGGCAUGGGCGCGGGGACGGGAAUGGGGUAUCACGGGAAGCAGCAGCACGGGCAGUUUCAGAAGCAGCAGCCGCAGCAGCUGCAGCGGCGGCGGCACCAGAAGCACCAGUCCGAGUCGUGUAUAGACCUCCAGAUAGGCCCAGGGGGGACCUAUUCUGAUCUUUCUCCCAAUAGAGAUGCUAGAGGGUACAGUCCGGGGGUCCCGUACGCGCGGGACAGGAUGUGGUAUGGCGAGGAGCGUAAUAUGGGGUACAGCCCGCCUGGAAGGGCCUUGAGCCCACCAGCAGCAGCUCAACAAUUCCAGCAGAAGCAGCCGUUUGAGGGGAGGUCGCGGGUUCAAUCCCCGGUGCCGUCAUUCCCAAGCCGAGUCAGUGAGGGGGAUGAGGACAAGAGCAGCAGCAGCGGCAAAACUCGUGCCAGUGCUCCUCGCACUGGCGUCGCUAGUGCCUCUUCUCCUCAUGCCUCUGCCUCUGGAAACAGCACCCGCAUUGCUGCUGCCGCUGUUGCUGCUGCUGCUGAAGCGCUUUCUGCACAGCCUACAAGCCCAACCACCAACCCCACAACCCCUACAAUCCACUGCCCAAGUCCCACUAGCCCAACCAGCCAAUGCGCUAGCCCCACCCCUGCUAGCCCCACAAGCCCCAACCCCACCAGUCCCACGAGUCCCACUGUGACGCGCUCUCUCCCCACGCGCAGCUCUGCCAGCUCUACAGACGCGGAGGCUGUGCUGUGCCGCGCCCUUGCCUCCAUCCCCUCCCCCCCGGACAGCCCCUCCGCGCUCACCCUCAUUCCGCCUCUCACUGCCUCCUCCUAUAAACCUAACAAGGCAGCAGCAGCUGCUGCUGCUGCUCCUUCCGCUGAUAUUGCUCCCGCUCCAGUCCAGCCGCUGGGUCCCUCUGCCUCUGCCCCAUCCCUUGCAUUCAGAAACCCCCUGGCGGCGCUGCCCCCGCUGCCCUUCCCCUUCCGCCCAUCCCCGCGCGCCCCUGCGCCCAGCUCCGCGCCCGCCUUUGCCACCGCCGCUGCUCUCAUAGCUGUUGCCACUGGCAUGCCGGAUGGUGGCCGUAUGGGCACGCCAGAGAGCCGUAUGGGUAUGUCAGAGGGCCGUAUGGGUAUGUCAGAAGGGCGGGUGGGCAUCCCAGAAGCGACGUCAGUGGAGACUAUCAGCAGCACUCUCAGCUCUGAUACCGCUGCUGCCAUUCCCCGCAUGCAGCACGUGGCCGCUCUGCACCGCAUUCAACACCAGCAACAGCAGCAGCAGCAGCAGCAUGUGGGGAAUCAGGGCAGGCAGAAGCCAGCAGCAGAGUCUUCCCUCAGUGCUGCCAGUGCCUCUGCCGGGGAUACCUAUGGCGCUGGUGCUGGCGCUGGUGCUGGUGCGGGCAGCAGCGGCGCCAACGCCUCUGUCUCCAGCUAUGGCCGCAGCAGCAGCAGCAGCAGUAGCGGCACCCGCCCCACGUCGCCCCUCCGGUUUGGCGGGAGGCUGGCUGCGAAGCUGGCGGGUUCCUUCUCCUCCCUGGUUCCUAAAUCUCCCAAGUCUCCCAAGUCGCCCAAGUCCUCCAGGUCUCCCAAAUCUCCCAAUUUGCGGAGUCCCCGGAAGUUUGGAAGGAGAUUCGGUGCAGUGACAGGAACUGAGGGGGCAGGCGGAUCUGCAACAGCAGCAGCAGGAGGAGCAGCAGCAGCAGGGCAAGGAAGAGGGUCGUCCUUGGUGGCAGCAGUGGCGCUAGGGGGUCACAAGAGCACCCCAUCCUUGACCCUAUCCACAGACGAAGGUCCCACUGCUGGCUCUGGGAAUUUCAGCAGCGAGGGGACUAUGAGCUGGGGCUCCCUCCUCUCAUCCUCCUCCCUCAUUGGCCGCUCCUUCUCCCUGCUCUCCCCGAGAAAAGGCCCCAAAAUGCGCCGGGGAACCUGCCUUGUACCCUCGACGUCGACACGGGAAGAUGGGCAGGUGGAGGCGGCGGUUACUGGGGAUAGUGACUUGAGUGGGAUGUUGGGGGAUAGUGAAGUGAGUGGGGUGUGUGGUGGGGAUAGUGAGGUGAGCGGGGUGUGUGGUGGGGGGAUGUCGCUAGAAGCCAGUUUGAGCCAUGCAGGGCUGGAUGUGCUGUUGGGUGUGAGGGAUGCUGCUGAGGCAGCAGCAGGUGCAGCGGCAGGAGCAGGAAGAGCAGAAGCAGGCGUUGCAGAAGGGGCAGGAGUGGGAGUAGGGAUGGGUGCAGCAGGCGAGGCAGGUGGUGCUGUAAAGGGGUGUUUGAAUGACGGGGCUGAGGAUGUGUUAAUGGGCCACGUGCGUACCAGGCUGCAGGCAGUGCAAGCAGGGCAAGCAGGAAAGGCAGGGCAAGCAGGAAAGGAAGGGCAAGCAGGAAAGGCAGGGCAAGCAGGAAAGGCAGGGCAAGCAGGAGAGGCAGGAAAGGCAGAGCAAGCAGGGCAGGGGGCACAAGCUGGGAUGGCAGUACAGGCAGUGCAGGCGUGUAGGAGUGGGGAGGAGGCGAGCAACGAGGAAGAGAGUGGGAGGAAGUGGGCCCAGCAAGGCACUGCCGAUCGCAGGCUAGCGCUGCAGGGACAGGGGAAGAGUGGCGCAGGUGGGGCAGGUGGGGCAGUUGGGGGAGGCGCAACAGGUGUGGCGGGCUGGGCAGGUAUAUCUGGUGGAGGUUUGACCCAGGCAGGUGCAAGCUGGACACAGCCCAAUCCAGACAGAAAGCUCUCUAGCUCCCUCCACAGCCCCACACACUCUCCUACCGGUAAUCCCAGAGGUGGUAACCGCGCUGCAGCAAUGAAUCGUAACAGUUCGAGCAAGUCACUGAAAGAGGAGGGUGUGUAUCAGCGGGUGCUGGUUGGGCUGGAGAUCCCAGAAGGGGACGAGGAGAGGGGAGGUGAGGGGGUGCCGGAGAGACCAGUGCUGGGUGUGGGGGGAAUGCAUGGGAGGGUAUCUGUGGUUGGUGGUAGCGGUCAGCAAGGGGAAGCAUGUGGGAAUGCAUAUGGUGGUGGUGAUGGUGAUGGUGAUGAGAAUGGGAAUGGUGAUGGAGGGGGGUAUGUAGAGCAGGAAAGUGAUGGGGAUUCAGCAUCGUCGUCGUCAUUCAGUCCGACAGUCCCUGCUACACUGACGUCGCCUAUAGGGAGUUUGUUUCAAAGCAGGAGGAAGCAUGAGCGCUUACCGAGGCGGUUACAGAGGAGGAAAACUGGCACCCCACGCUAG